AUGGUAGCCCCAUCUGCCGUUCUCCUCCUGGGCAUCGCUUCCCUCGUUGCUGCCCAUGGCAAGCCGCUCAGUGCGGCAGCCCUGAAGCGGGAGAUUGUUGCCCGCGAGCACCACGCCCACAUGGGCGCUCGUGCGCUGGGCAAGUGUGCUGGCAGCGAUGCGUCGCAGGCCAUGAAAAAGCGAGCUAUGCAGCGUCGUGCGGCCAAGGUGAAGGAUUUGCGCGCGCGCAAGAACAUCCGGUCGACUCCCCAGAAGUUUCGCCGUGAUCUCGCCGAACUAGAGGCAUGGGAGGAGGUUAACCAUAACAAGACGGGGGUGUACAACUACGACAUGUUUACGUCGCUAGAGACGGUGUUUGACGCUAACACGAGCUGCGUUCUUGCGCCCGAGGUUACCGACGGUCCCUACUACGUUGUAGGCGAGUGGUUCCGCAGCAACGUUAAGGAGACGCUUUACAGCGAGGGCGUCGACCUCUUCCUCGAAGCGCAGUACGUCGACAUCGAGACGUGUGAGCCGGUGCCGGCGAUUGCAGUCGAUAUCUGGAACUGCAACGCUACGGGUGUAUACUCAGGAAUCAGCACUAGCGGCAACUACGCGGCAGGCGGUUACAACUCGACGUAUCUACGUGGUGUCCAGCUGACCGACAGCGACGGCGUCGUCGAGUUUGAGACUAUCUUCCCUGGCCACUACCAGGACCGUGCUACCCACACCCACCUGCUUGCGCACAUGAACGCCAGCCUGUCUUCGAACGGCACCGUCUCAGUCUGGAAUGCACCGGUCACGCACAUCGGCCAACUCUUCUACCCCGAGACGCUGCGCUCGGCCGUCGAAGCUGUCGCGCCCUAUAACACCAACACGGUCGAGGUGACGACCAACGACGAGGACAUGUGGUCGAUCGUGCAGGCUGACAGCAGCUACGACCCCUUUCCGGAGUUCCUCUACCUUGGCGACGACAUUACCGACGGCCUCUUCGCCUGGAUCCAGAUUGGUGUGAAUGUCAGCGCCGAUUAUAAGGACGAUUCCUACUACGCCAUUGCUGCCUACAUCGAUGCCGAUGGCGGCCAUGUCGAGUCCAGUUCUUCCAUGGGCGGUGGUAGCGGCGGCGACGGUGGCAAUGGUACCAUGGGUGGCAACGAAACCAUGUCCGGCUCUCCCCCUAGUGGCUCCGGUCAGUCCUCGGCAUAG